AUGAGUAUUGAAAAGCAUAAUUAUCUUAUAACUGUUGAUUACUUCAGCAAUUUUUGGGAAAUUGACUACCUAGAAAACACAUUAGCCAGUACAGUGAUUGGAAAACUUAAAUCUCAUUUUUCUAGGUAUGGAUUGCCCUGUGUAUUGAUUAGUGAUAAUGGACCCCAAUUUGUAAAUGAGAAUUUCAAACAGUUUGCAACUGAUUAUGAUUUCGAGCAUAGGACAAGUAGCCCUACACAUGCCCAAUCUAAUGGUAUGGUCGAAUCUGCAGUGAAAACAUCUAAACGUUUAAUUAGAAAAGCUGUUGAAAGUAAUAAAAAUCCCUAUCUAACCAUUUUGGACCAUAGGAAUACUCCUACUAGUGAUAAAGACGCCAGCCCAUCACAGUAUAACCUAGGUAGGAGAACACGUACCAAAUUACCAAUGUUAUCCAAGUUACUUGAAAAUCAAAAUGUAAAUUUAGAGUUGGCUAAGGUAAAGAAGAAAAUAAAAAAUGCUAAGAGUAAAUUCUAUUAUGAUAAAAAUGCUAAAGAUUUAAGUAUUUUGCAUGAAGGAGAUAAUGUACGUCUUAAACCUUAUGUUUUGGGCAAAAAGGCCUGGGAAAAAGGAAAAGUUGUGGAACAAUUAGAUGAAAGGUCUUAUCUAAUUGAAAGUGAAGGCAAGCUAUUUAGAAGGAAUAGAGUUCAGUUGAAAGAAACCCCAAGUGAUGUGCAUAUGCCCAAGGUAAAUGAACCAGUAACUAUUGACCUUAUUGGUAAUGAAAUUGAAACUCCUGUCAAAGUGGAAAAUAAAGUUGAAAGUGACAGACAAACAAGGUCAACCAGAAAUAAAUUACCUUCUAAGUAUUCUGAUUAUGAAAUGUAUUGA